CCACGCUUGGGAAGUGAAGCUGCUGGUACGGAACUGUUCCUUUGUUAAAAGUUUAUAAAUUCGCCCACUCAUAUUUAAAACGAUGUUGGUCAUUAUAAAACCUGGAAAGACCCCAACAUAAAGAAACGCUGUCGACUUGCAAUAUCUAGGAAGGCUAUAUACUGGAGAAACUUCCAUCAACCCCCUGCAGGACUAGCAUUGUGAGAUUGUAAGCUUGCACAGUAGUGUAUUCGUUAAUUCGUAAAGAGACUGUUAUGGAGCUGUGAAGUACGGUCCUAAUUGACUGUGAAAAGAGCAAGAAAAGCUGUUGAGCACAGGAGGCUUAUGCAACAGCAUGUCUCUGAGAGUGGAGACGGUGAAGAGGUGGCAGGUGGAGCUGAACCCUACCCAGGACUGGUUGCUGUAUGAGGUGGGGGUGGAUGGCUGCUAUGUGGUGAGGAUCCAAUGUGGCCUAUGCAACAAGCACAAGGCAAAGAUUAAGGACCUGCGCAACUUCAGCCCAGCAUUUGUCAAUGGGAUUGAGGGUGCUUCUUUGAAAAAGGACAAUGUCAAAAAGCAUUUCCAGAGCGAGAUGCACCAGAAGGCCUCUGCCCUUGAGAAACUCAGCGGAAAUGUCCCUAACUUGCCGUCAGCGCUGGCCCAGUCUAUCGAAGAGGAGCACCUCACCCGGCUAUUUGAUAUAGCCUACACAGUCGCCAAACUUGAGCUUCCACUGGCUAAAUUCUCACAGAUUGCCAAGUUAGAGGUCCGACAUGGGGUGGACCUGGGGCAGAUGUCUCUCACUGAGCAGAAAUGUAAGGAGUUUCUGAAGUACAUAGGCAGGUCCACUAAGGUGGAGUUGAUCCAUGCCAUCCAGGAGUCACCCUAUUUCUCAGUGCUUGUUGAUGGCUCCGAUGAAACUGGAGCUGCAGAGAAAGGCAUGAUCUACGUUCUCUAUGUUGAUCACACUGGCUUGCCGUGUGUUCGCUUCUUCGGGUUCCGUGAGGUCAAGCACGUGCAUGCUGAGUGCCUGAAACAAACUGUGCUCAAUGCUUUCUUGGAAGAAGGUAUCGACAUUGAGAGGAAGCUGGUGGGCUACCUGGCCGACAGUGUCACCGUCAAGGCCGGGGUCGCCACUGUCUUGCAGAACGAGAUGCCUUACCUCAUCUCCAUGAACUGCGUCAGCCACCGCUUAGAACUGGCCAUCAAGGAGAUGUUCCAGGGCACCAGCUUUGACGACGUCACAGAAAUGCUCCUCCUGCUAGCCAGGCUGUAUUGGACUUGCCCCGGCCGCAUGCCUGAGCUCAAGAACUUGUCCCAGAUCAUGCAAGAAGGGGACACCAAGCCUCACCAAGCUGAAGGAACCCGUUGGGUGCAGCACAAACAGGGGGCCACCAAGGCACUCCUACAAGCCUAUCCUGCUGUUGUAUGCAACCUGGCCAAUAUGUUAACCCAGACUGUCCUCCCAAAGGAGAAGAGCAUCUUCCAGGAGUACUUGUGGACACUGCGGAGCUUGAAGUUCAUCCUCCAUCUACUGUUUAUGUCGGAGAUGCUUGAGCCGCUUGCGAAACUCUCCCGGUCUCUACAGAACAGUAACGUAGACCUUCUUGACACUGCAACCCUGCUGCAGAAGUUCUACGUCACCUUGGGCCGUAUGAACAGUGGCAUCCUGCGUGGGGCCCUCAGUGAAGUCUUGAAGCACACAGAGAAGGACCCCCAGUCAGUCUUCUUCGGUGGGACACGGCUCCAGGCUGACUUUGAGGAGGCCCAGGCCUUCAAGGAGAAGCUUCCUUCUUACGUGGCGGCUGUGUCAGACUGCAUCCUGCAGCGGUUCGGCAGCCUGCACCACAUGGAGCCCAUCCAAUGCUUGAAGAUUUUGGAAGUGGACCUGUGGCCGGAAGCCCAGGAGGAUCUGGAAGACUAUGGGACCUCUGAGCUCCAGAUCUUCACCGGCCACUUUGAGAAGCUGCUCUCCCUCAACCAUGUGGACAGAACCAAGCUGCAGGAGGAGUGGGUUCAAUUCAAGCAGUUUCGUAAGGAGAAUCUGUCACAGGUUUCCAGCCAGCAACUGUGGCAGAACCUUCUCACCAGCCAGCAGAGCCGCUUUCCAAACCUUUACCAUGUGAUCUACAUCCUCCACUGCUUCCCUGUGUCCAGUGUGGUGCUGGAGUGGGGAUUCUCAGCAGUGGCCAGGCUAAAUGCCAAUGGAAGAGGCAAAAUGUCCAUCAACAUACUGGAGUAUCUCACCAGGAUCUCCGUUGAGGGGCCUGAGCCCGACAUGUUUGACCCCAGGUCGGCCGUCAGCCUGUACUGCUUUGAGCAAAUGGGAUUCAUCACCGAGCCUGGGUUCAAAAGAACAUCGCAGUAUGCUUUCUCGGAUGAAGAGCCUGAUUCUUCUAACAAGAGACAAGAGGUUUGCUACUUUGAAGAUCAGUACAGUAGUGAUGAAUAAAACUCCUCCCCCUGGUUAUGCCCUUAGUUAUAAGCUUUUGAUUUUUGUGUUUUUUUUUUUUUUUCAGGAGUAAUUGUAUAUUUUUUUAAGUUGCAAAAGGGCAACUUUAUUUACUAAGCAUUUGUACAGCACUUUUGCACCACUUUUUCUAUAAGGAAAACUUGUUACUGAUAAAUUUUUUGUUAGCAUUAUAAAAGUGCUAGUUGUUAAUUACAUUUUAUUUUUAAUUGUAAUAGAAAAUUGAACUAGAAACUAGUGUCCUAAAAGAUAAUUAUUAGACUUUAAAUCUAAUAAUUUAGUGAAUCGUUACUCUGUCAUUGUAACUGUCAGGGCCCCUUGGACAUUAAAUGUUUAUCUAUCCUGUUUAAAUAAAUACAUUUGAAAAAAAUUAGAAAAACUAAAAUUGUAAUUAUUUUCGCUAUCAAACAUCAACAACAAAAUGCACAAAUGCUUUGUAGAGGGAAAACCAGGGUAUGUCAGAAAAUACAAUCGCCUGUAUGAAUUGAUAUGUUAUGUGGGCAAAAUAUUAUUAGUUGUCUCACAUUUUAAUUUUGG